UCUGAGUAAAACCUUGGAAGAGUGGGUUUAGCGUAAACCUUUAUAGUAUCACUUACCCAUACAGUAUCUAGGAGCAGCUGUCGUACUAGCAGCGGUAGUAGCAGUAACUCUAGAGGAAGCCCACUGCCUGUAUCUACUUUCUCCCCUGUGUCGACCGUGUAUAGAGGACCGUUCUGUGUCUGUGUGAGGACCAGUCUAUGUGUGUGGAUGGGGGUUGGAUUGCAAAGAGAACAACAAACGACGAAUAUAUGGUCGACGAGAAAGUAUUUAUUAGUUAUGGUGAUGAAUCAAUCAAGUGCUCUGGACUGGCGCGGCGUGCCAUGAUGAAUGUCAUAUAGCGCAAUAAGGAUUUUUGCCUUUGCUUACAUGCUGUCUCGAUCUAGCACCGAAGACAGUGAUUGUUGGUGAAACGGUGUCAUGGAGGAACAACGAAGAACAUACCCAAUGGUUCUGUGUGUGGUAUCCAACCGCAGUUUUCUGUGAGUCCUUGUGCGAGGAUGUUUUUGCUAUGUGACGCUGCUAAUUGACUCUAGAAGAGCACCAUUAAAGGGACCGGCAGCUGGAGCCGUGGUGCUCUCCAGAUGAAGGAAGAUGUUUAAGAUUGUUAGUAUCUUGCCAGGAGAAAAGUAGCCCCAUCACCAUGCCUGCUUUAGUCGGGUUACUUUUAGCAGCGUAUUGUUAAAGUCACUUGACCCCUAUAGGGGGAGAACGUUUUGGGUUACGUGGGGACUACACGCCUCGCAAAUGUGAAGUGCUCUGGCGCUCCAUUGGUUGACUUUCGCACCGCUUCACAUUGUAAGUUCUAGUUUGUGGUCAACGUUCCAAAUCAUUAUGGACGAUUCGUUAACUGAUUCGAUGUUUGAGGAGCCGACCGAUAGGUCGUUGCUCGCACGUGAAUGGCUCUUUGUCAAAAUACUACAUUGCAUCGAGGCCGGUAAAUCUAAGGCGUCCGGAAUUCUACUCGUUGGAGGACCUGGCAGCGGCAAGACAACGGCUCUAGGAGAAAUCGCGCGCCCUUCAGAGUCGGACUCGAGGCAAGCAGAACUAAAUAGACGGCUUAUUGCCAACUAUCACUGUGAUCCUCAGGUGCUUAGCUCGCUUCGAUUAUCCAAUUUUAUUCUCGAUCUUGUCGAUCAGCUGAGCGCUUGCCCACUUCUAACUGGUUAUCGGGAUCGGCUUGAAAAUCCGGAAGUUGUGGCGGUGCUGCAGCCGUCUGAAGUUGAACGAUUUCCAGAUGAAGCCUUUAAAAAAGCAGUACUGUUCCCACUUCUGGAGACGGAGCCACCAGAAAUGUGCUGCGUAAUUAUUGUGGAUGGCAUUGAUGAAACAGGGCCCGAUUCCGAGCGCGGUUUGAUGUCUCAUUCGACGCACACGGCUCGGUCAUCAACGGCAGUGGAUUCGAGUGACGCUAAUUCGUUAUGGAGCGAGUCUAUCUCCCAACUGCUAUCUGUUCACCACCAAUUAUUUCCUCCGUGGUUAAUGCUUGUGUGUUCAGCGAGACGCCAAAGUCGUACGAUUAGCCGACUCUUCACGGGAUUCCGAAAGAUCGCCUUAGACGAUCUUCGAAAACCGAACGUUGUACGAGAUAUGCAGCAGUACAUACUCAACCGACUCGACGCUGACGCUGGUCUACGAAAGCAUUUGAGCCGAGAAAACGCAGAUAUGCUUAAUCAGCUACAUAUCAAAAGCAAUGGUUGCUUACUAUAUCUAGAGCAAGUCCUGGAUGGAGUUGUCGAUAAUAGUAUUAUCCUGCGGGAAAUCCGCGACAUUCCGGGUACAUUGAACGGACUCUACCUUUGGUACUGUCAACGAUUAUUUGGAUCAAAGAUGGAGUUCGAUUCACAGGUUCGACCCCUCCUCUGUCUCCUGCUCACAGCCACUAAACCUGUUCCGUUUGAGGACGUAUAUCAAUGUUUGUGGGGCUGGGAUUCGGAGCUAACCCGCGAAGGCCUAUUGAAAACGUUGAAACGUCUAUCGAAGAUUGUAUCACCGUCCUCACAGCAUCGACGCAGACUACGUAUCUUUCACCAAAGUUUCGCCGAAUGGCUUUGCGACGUGAAGCAUUGCACACAACGGUUUCUCUGUAAACCACAAGUUGGACAUGCAAUGUGGGCUCUUCGCUAUUCGACAUUAUGCAAAGCAACUGACCUCACAACUGAGGAAAGCUCUGACCUGUGGCAUCAUCUGCGACGAACAGGAUUAUCUCAGCAUUACCAAGCUAUGUGGCAAUCUCAUUGUACAGGCGAACCUUUGCGGGAGAGUACUCUUAUGUACACCUCCGUUAGUUCUCUGGGGGCAACCGAUAACCACGCACUGCUCAAUAAUUCCUUGUUGCUCGAAAAUAAAGUUGUUCGACUCCUUCUUGAAGCAUGUUCAGCACCGAAUUUAAAACGGUUUAAAAGUUGUGUGCAACUCGACGAGAUGGACAAUGACGAAGUUACAUCUGUAAGUGAGCUGGCAACAUCGUUGCUCGAAGAAAGCCAAUUGGCGAGUCUUGCGCCAGACACCGUCGACGAAGCGGAACCGUCAAGUCAGCGAACGCUGCUGCACCGAGCAGCUGAGGAGGGAGAUCUUCAACUUGUAGCUCGCCUUGUAGAGAUGGGCGCAGCUAUCGAGAAUGCAGACCGAAAUGGCCAAACGCCGCUAAACCUCGCGGCUCGUCAGGGUCAUCUACAGGUUUUAGAAGCUCUACUGCGUGCUGGCGCGGCGGUGGACCGUGCGGACGUCGAUGGAUGGACUCCGUUAAGAUCUUCGGCCUGGGCGGGACAUGCAGCUGUGGUGGAUGCUCUAUUACAGUUUGGAGCACGGGUAGAUCUGGCUGAUGCCGACGGCCGAACAGCACUGCGAGCAGCUGCUUGGGGCGGUCACGAUGACAUCGUAAUGCGGCUUCUUAAGGCCGGGGCCGCAGUAAACGCACGGGACGCUGAGGGCCGAACGGCGCUAAUUGCAGCUGCAUACAUGGGGCAUUCAGCUAUAGUUGGCCACCUUUUGGACGCUGGAGCUGACAUCAAUCACGCAGACAAGGAUGGAAGAACCGCUUUAAGUGUGGCCGCACUUUGUGUGCCAGCCUCACAGGGCCAUCACGCCGCUGUGGUUUCACUACUUCUUGAACGUGGAGCUGAGGUGGAUCAUCGAGAUUCGGAAGCAAUGACGGCGCUGCUUGUAGCAGCUUUUGAGGGCCACGCCGAAGUUUGUGAGCUGUUGCUGGAGGGAGGCGCCGAUGUCGAUCAUGCAGAUGCAACAGGCAGGACUCCGCUAUUUGCUGCUGCGUCAAUGGGACACGCACAUGUUGUGAAACGACUGUUGUUCUGGGGCGCAUAUGUGGACUCUAUCGACUCGGAAGGCCGAACGGUUUUAUCAGUGGCGGCUGCCCAGGGUAAUUCGCAAACAGUUGAAUGCCUCCUCGACCGAGGAUUGGAUGAGCUUCACCGUGAUAACGCUGGCUGGACUGCCCUCCAUUACGCAGCAUUCGAAGGACACGCACAAGUCUGUCAGCUUCUCAUGCAGGCUGGUGCUAAGCCGAAUGAAGUUGACACCGAUGGCCGCACACCAUUAAUACUGUCAGCACAAGAAGGCCAUUCGGCCUGUGUCCAGCUCUUUAUCCAGAGCUGUCCACGGAUUCUUGAGCAUCGAAGUCAUGACGGUCGUACGGCGCUCCGUAUGGCAGCUAUGGAGGGUCACAAAGAGACCGUCGAUUUGCUUUUAGGAUUUGGUGCAGAUGUGAACUAUCAGGAUGCUGAUGGUCGAACUACCCUGUACCUUCUUGCAUUAGAGGGAAACGUGUCAAUGUUGGAACACUUAAUCGGUCGAGGGGCAGAUGUCGAAGCAGUUGAUCUUGAGGGACGCACGGCGCUACACGUGGCCGCAUGGCAAGGGCACGUUCACGUUGUCGACCUUCUAUUGCGUCGCGGAGCGCAUGUGGAUGCUGUUGAUCGCGAGAUGCGUUCGGCGCUUCAAUCAGCAGCAUGGCAGGGUCACGCUGAUGUCGUUCGCCUGUUAAUUGAACAAGACGCGUCUGUGAAUCACGUAUGCAACCAGGGGGCAUCCGCGCUGGGAAUCGCUGCUCAAGAAGGACACGCAUCGGUGGUACGGGUACUGUUAGCGCACGGGGCAGAUGUCCAUCACAGCGACCUCUGUGGUCGAACACCAGCAAGAGUUGCGCUAAAAGCGGGCCAUCAGGAGGUGGCAGCUUUAAUUGAGGCUUACGGAGGUAAUUCCCAGAGUGGACGAAGCUCCUCAAGCAACGUCAGCGGCGAAGGAGCUGAACGAACCGAACGGCUAGAACGUGCAACGGCUGCUGCCCCGCGAGCGGUUCCAAGGACCCUGUUACAGCCUGCUAAUAGAGAUAGCUUUGCUGAGUCGGUAACUACCGGAAGUGAAAGCGGUGUCGGAGAACAGAAUGUAAGCUUUACAGCUAUGAUCCAACGAAGGGCGUCACAGACCAGCAGCACGUGUGUCUCUCGGGAGCAGGGAUCAAGUUUUCAAAACCUACGUCGCACCAAAAUCGUCACCAACCCAAACUUCAUCGGUGGUAGCAGCAAGAAGAAAGAAACACCCAUUUGACGUUCGCAUGAGCUGACAAAUUUUCCUGGACAAGAAUCACCACUAACUGAUGUGUCAGGUAGCGUUCCCGUCCAAGAGAGGCCCCUGUGAGAUCCGAGUAUUAUCUGCAGAAUAUAGGCACGCUUUUGAUUUGUUUCAGACGAUAUUAAAUAUCUGUAUUGCAGCCUGAGUUAACACAAUACCCAUACUACUUCUGUUGCGACAUCUUCGAAUGAGUCGCGAGAGUUUUGAUGGUACGAUGUCAAGUAUCUUUAAUAUUACAAUUGAAACUGGUUCGAUAGGUUGCUCACAUCGACAUUUUACCACGCUCGAAUGUUAAGUUGUUAUGAUGAGUAGCGGUGACUGAUUGUGCGAACUGAUAGUGUAGAUGUUCGCUCUCUAAAUAGUGAUAAGUGUGUCCCCAGAAGUGUCUAUAUAUUGUAGCAGCGUAGACCUUUCCGUAGGUACAAUUAUUAAUUAGCGCCCUGUUUCAAAGGAAUGAAAUGAAAUAGACCAGCGAGGUCAUCAAUGUUUGGCAUCAGCGCCCGUGGGAAGUAGGUCGUCACUUAAUUAGCAGUUUUGAAAAGGCUAUAAAGUUGUGAAAUUUUGCUGUGAAUAUGGUAUACAUCUAUGGGGCUUUUAAUCCUUAAACUAUGUGUAGCGCCUUUCAUUUCCGAAAAAUUCGGUUUCUCUCCUAAAAAUAACGCGACCUUGUUAUUUCCCACUAAGCACAAACAGUCAACCUUGAAGAUUCACCGUCAAAUGCUUAAUUAUUUCCAUUUGAAACUUGAAUUGGUUACGCCAGCAUAUCAGAUACUUUUAUUAUGCUCUUAUUUAUAGUCGACAGCCUAAAAGUUCGAGUCAAGCGACACCCUUGUUUCUAUGGGGUGUUGCGCCGAUUAAAAAUCGUGUAAGUCUGCGAUUUUUAGUUUUUUUUUUAUGAUGCGAGUUUUUUUACACCGUACUUUGGGCUCAGUCUUCAACUAAUGAACUGGUGGAACACAAUCGUGGAGAAUAUUUUGCAAAACAACAGAAACGUGAGUUGUAUAUCGUAGAUGUUGUAUUUAUCGUAGAAAAGGAAAGGGAGCACAGAAGUCGAUCGAAGGACGACGACAAUAACUAUGAGAAUAACGUCUAAAGGGUUUUGCGGUAACAAAAGAUCAAUACUUACAAUGUCGGCUGCCUGUGGCAGUGACUGUUUAUUUUCUGUUUAGGUUUGUAAUGGUUGAUAAACGCGGUCUUAGAUAGAGAUACAGAAAGCAGCAAGUGACCCCUUCCAUGACGCCAAGCUGCAUACAAAGCGUGGCGUCAUGGAUUUUUCAAUUCAAUUUUAGCGUUAAAAUAGGAAGUUAGAUAGUUACGAUAAAAAACGCAAUUCGCCAAAGUUUAGAGAGUUUCCCAGUCUUCAAGGUAUAUUUCAACGAUCUAUGUAUGCAUACAAAAACAUUGUGGCACCCAUUAUGUCAAGCCAAAAAAAACUGGUAAAUGCCGAUCUUUGUCACAAAUGUUACCAUGUUAACGCGUCUCAUCGUCGGGGCUAAAUAACCGCAUCUAGUAUUAGAGAGAAAGAGAGAGAGAGAUAUGGAUGACAAAGAACAGAGUAACUGUGUAACAAGCAUGUAUUUAAGAAAUGCCGGUGUUUCAUUAGGUAACCAGUUAGUUACCUAUUGUUACGAGAUUGUGAUCGUCAUCUAUGUGAAUAUAAUUAAUAUUCACAUCGUUAUUAUUAUAAUUUUGCUAAUGAACCUGAUAUACCUGCAAUCAUGUGCCUUCUCAGUUGAGAGCAGUCGAGCUAAUUAUUCCGAUGAUUUAAAUGCGACGUUUUGCGCAGACUUCAAACCUGGCGCUCAUUUUUCUAACAUUUGCCGAACAUUAUUUUUUUUUCACUGAAAAUUUGUGGCUUCUUAAUCGGCUUUAGUCAACAACACAUCUACUACGUCUGCUAUAAUAUAUAUAUAUAUAUAUAUAAUAUAUAUAUAUAAUUUUAAUGUUUUUAACAUUAAUAAAACUUUAUUAGAAUUGGCAUUGGCUAUAAAACUAACAAAAUGUUCGCCUGUAAUAUCAGUACUCAAUAAACAAGGCGAACUGGAACUUUUAUCCUGACAAGUUCUCGUAUUAGUUUUCCGUUCAGAUAUUUGUACACAUUAUUUAUACAGAGUGUACAGAAUAUGACCUUCAGCUUUGGUGAACGAUAAAUACGAAUGUCCCAUGAACAGAUGUGUAACCUUGGCUAUGUGGUUAACAAUGUCAUACCGCAAAUAAUAAUGGUAGUAAUUUCAAUAAUAUGGACGAGGGGUUAAGUCAAAUAGGUGUACAUGUAUAUGCAUAGGGGGAAAUUAGAAGUAAUUUUAUCAUCGCGACGGUUGUCAGGAUCUUCCUUACGAUUGGGCAGUGACGUUACAUAGAAGGUUGCAAGUAGUUAGUCAAUAUAUAAUAUCAAUGACGACCACUGUGCUAGUUUUGAUUAAAAAUUCGACUAAACGUUGCUUCUCCUAUGAUCCGAAUGAAAUCACUAUUGCUUUUAAGUCGUACACAAUGUGAUUGGGGAUAUACCGACAUACUAAGUCAGGCGUAGUAUUAACAAUGAAUGUAACUGCGGCAUCUUUCAAAAAAAAUAGGCGAAAACCUUUAUACAUAAUAAAAUAGAGGAU